ACAGAUUUUUUUUUUUUAUUUACGAAACACAGAAGUUUAUUUUGCCAAAAGAAACGAAAACGUAUCUGAAAAAACAGUAUAUACACGCAGAUUGGGUGAAUCCGAUGACACAACACAAACCCUAAUUCAAUUCAACCACCCCCUCAUAUCUCUAACCCUCCCUUGUCAUCGUUCCUUUAUAACCCCCUGCUCCCUACCAGUUGCACUAUAAAUCAAUCAAAUUAUACAUACAGCGUGUUUGUAUCUAUCUGCUGAUUUGAUCUCAGCAAUUCAACGGCUUUGUCGUGAAUUGAAGUCAGAUAAUUAUGUCUGGCAGAGGAGGAAGGGAGAGAUCUAGAAGAGACUAUCCUUCGAGAUCCGAAGAGAGGAGUCAUCAUGGUCGUAGCAGUGCUCCGCCGUCAAGGCAUCUUUGGGUGGGAAAUUUGUCUCAUAAUCUAUCGGAGAGGACUUUGAAGGAACACUUUCUACGGUUUGGUGAGCUCGAGAGUCUUGCUUUUCAACCUGGUCGUAGCUAUGCUUUUGUUAACUAUAAGCAUGAUGAAGAAGCGUUUGCUGCAAUUAGAGCACUUCAAGGAUUUUUUGUAGCAGGAAAUUCGCUUAAGAUUGAGUUUGCAAAGGGGGAGAAGUCAUCAUCUUCGUCAGUUGAUGAAGAGUACUUGCUUCGGCGAGAUGAUCAACGGUCCGCUGUUAGAGGAUCACCAUAUCAUCACAGGGAACCUAGAGCACAUCGCUCUAGCCCUGAUCCGUCUUACCCUAACAAAUCCAAGAUGGAUGAUAAAAGUGUAGAACCUAGUGAAGUGUUAUGGAUUGGAUUCCCUGCUCUACUGAAGGUGGAUGAAAUAAUUUUAAGAAAAGCAUUUUCACCAUUUGGUGAGAUUGUAAAGAUCACAGCAUUUCCUGGUCGGAGCUACGCCUUUGUCCGCUUUAGAAAUGUGAUGUCAGCCUGCAGGGCUAAAGAUGCUCUUCAUGGAAAGUUAUUUGGCAAUCCUCGUGUGCAUAUUUGUUUCGCAAGGAAUGAAUCUAGUGGAAGGAAUCCAUUGAAUGCCCCUUCCUCCCCAAGUGCAAGGUCAUAUGGACGUAUGGAGCCUGAGAACUUCAGACAUGAUAGAAAUUAUGAGAACAUAUCUGGGGAUCCCAGCAUGAGGUCCCCUCGUUUUAUAUCCGAUAUGGAAUCCAGGGAUCCUGAUAUUUUACCUUUCCAGAGGAAGGGUAAUAUAUGGCCAGUUAAUAAUGGUGCAUUUGAACAGGGUUUCCAGGAUCUGGGUCCAGAAAUGGGACCUCCACGGGGUGUAUAUGAACAUCGAGCUAGUUCUCCAAGAGAUCGAGGUGCCCGCUUUCGUGAUUAUUCUCCACAAAAUUUUCCCCGACAGGGUCAACUAUAUGAUGAUGCUUGGGACUUGCCAGAAGAUGCAAUGCUUUUUCAUGAAUCUAAGAAACUAAAGACCAAUCCAUUUCCGCAUGAACAUGAACUUCCGGAGUUUCCUUUCCGUGAUCCUGAACAAGUAAAACACGUGUUACCAAGAAUACCCGAUUAUCACCGCCGUGAUGCCUUUGAUAAGAGUUUUGAUUCUGGUUCCUUUGGGGGUGAACAGAUCCCUGAUCGAGCGAUAAAUUUAACUCAACCAUAUAGUGAGAGGAGCGAACACUGGAAUACACCAUAUGAAAGUUUGCAGGUUGGAUCUCUGCCACUGCCUCCAAAUCAGGUUGAUCGGAAGAGACCAACUCCUGAAUUACAUCAGCCUUCUUCAAAUGAAGUUUGGAAAUGGGAAGGAACUAUUGCAAAAGGAGGAACUCCAGUUUGUCGUGCUCGCUGUUUUCCGGUGGGGAAGAUGCUUGAUAUGAUACUGCCUGAUUUUCUCGAUUGCACAGCAAGGACUGGUCUAGACAUGCUAGCAAAGCAUUACUAUCAAUCUACCAGUGCCUGGGUAGUAUUUUUUGUUCCUGAAACUGAUGUCGAUAUUUCAUUUUACAAUGAAUUCAUGAAUUAUUUGGGGGAAAAGCAGAGAGCUGCAGUUGCUAAAAUUGACGACAACACCACUUUAUUUCUUGUUCCUCCUUCAGAUUUCUCCGAGAAAGUACUUAAAGUUCCGGGGAAACUUAGUAUUUCUGGUGUUAUUUUGAGAUUAGAAACUCCUGGUCCCAGUAUUGACUCUCAUAAUAUGCAUGAGAGGAAAGACACAAAUUUUGGGUCUUUUCAGGGGGAUACAUCUUACCCAAGGCAAAUAUCACCUUCAGAGUCAUAUGCCUCAACGGCCCCUUAUCCAAAUCAUGUGAACCCUGGAGUAAAUAAUCUACCUUUUCAUGGAAAAUUGCCCGCCCCGCCCCCAUCUUAUGCAGGCCUCAUUCAUACAGAUAGAACUCUUCCAGACACCAUGAAUGAUGACAGGCAUAUCAAUAAGCAAAACCCGCCGCUGGGGCAGAACUGGCCUGUUCACAAUCCACAGAAUCCUAAUGCUGGUGCUAGAAAUAUAACACAACCAUCCAGUAGUGCUUUUGAUUCUGUCAAUCAAGGAUACAACCCUGCCACACCAAGGGCCGCACCUCAGACAAAUUUUGCGAACUACACUACCGGGUUUUCUGGUACCCCUUACCCUGGAAGCAGUAAUCCCUCUCAUGAUACAAAUCCACCAUCUUCUUCGUCUCUGCUUGCUGCGGCACUUCAACCAGAAAAACUUGCACAGUUGGCAUCAUCACUUCUUGGGCAGCAAAGGCAAACUGGGGUUGUGUCAGCAGGCCAAGAUUUCAGGCAGUCAAGCAGCACAAGUCAAUCAGAGCACAUGUAUAGGCCACAGCAGAAUAUUUCUGUGUCAAGCAAUCAGGUAGCUUCUGAUUAUCCACCAUCUCAGUUCAGUCAGCAACAACAGGUUCAACAAUAUCAGCAGCAUCAGACAUCAAAUGUCCCUGCAGCUGCCCCUCCGAGAGAGCUUUCAAAUGUCACACCUGGGAAUCAACAGAAUCAAAAUGCUGGUACGCAAGAGGAUGGAGAUGCUGACCCUCAGAAACGUCUACAAGCUACAUUACAGUUGGCAGCAGCUCUUCUUCAGCAAAUUCAGCAAGGGAAACAAAACUAAUGAACAGGGAUGCAUGCUUGUUGGAUUUAUUCCAGUUACAAUCUUCUUUAAUUAGUGAUAAUCUGAUGCUGCUCUGAUACUUUACUUUAAGACAAGUCAUAUUCAUUUAUUUGCUGUUAGUAGAUUGUAGAUAUGAUAUUUCCUGUUAAACUUUUGUUUCUGCAAGACCUUACUGGAUUUCAGAGGUUCGGACUAGUUGAAGUUCUGAGCACAGGGUCAAUUCUCUGCGUAAAAGCUGUGUUACCGACUAGGCAAUGUCUGUCUGGGUGUAGCAUCGGGUAGUUGUGUUCUUUUCUAAGAAAAAACAAGUGUAACACUGCCCAUUUACAUCACUCCGUGGUUUCAAACUUUCAGUUAAUACGCAUUCUGUUCAACUGAUGUAUAUCAGGCGAAUUACCAGUUACUCA